AUGUCUUAUAUGCUUACACUUGCGGAUUCUUCACUCUUCUCCAUGUUACAUCACUCAUUAGAAAUAAAUAGCUCUAAUUUUUCUACAGGCUUAUGUAAAUCAAACAAAGACUAUUCUAUCUACAAAGGGUUUAGGCAACAAAGAAUUUCAAUCUUUAGGAAGAAAGCUUCCAUCACAAAAGCUGUGGCAAUUCCAGCGGAAAACACUGAUGAAUACAGAAAACAACAAUGUGAACGUUACGGUUUUAAGAAAAUUGGAGAACCACUUCCUGAUAAUGUUACGUUGAAGGAUAUCAUCAAUUCCUUACCCAAGAAGGUGUUCGAGAUAGAUGAAAUGAAAGCAUGGACAAGAGUAUUGAUAUCGGUGGCGUCUUACGCAUUGGGAUUAUUUUUUAUUUCAAAAGCGCCUUGGUAUCUACUUCCUCUCGCUUGGGCGUUUGCAGGAACAGCAGGAACCGGGCUUUUUGUUAUAGGGCAUGAUUGUGCUCACAAAUCAUUUUCAAAGAAUAAGUUAGUAGAAGACAUUGUUGGAACUUUGGCUCUUUUGCCUCUAAUUUAUCCAUACGAAUCGUGGAGAUUUAAACAUGACAAACAUCAUGCUAAAACUAACAUGUUGUAUGAAGAUACAGCAUGGCAUCCGGUUUGGAAAGAAGAUUUUGAUUCAAAUCCAGUUUUGCGGAAAGCACUCGUAUAUGGAUUGGGUCCUUUGCGUCCUUGGAUGUCUAUAGCACACUGGCUUAUUUGGCAUUUUGAUUUGAACAAGUUCAGACCAAAUGAAGCAAAGAGAGUGAAGAUAAGUAUAGCUGCUGUGUUUGGUUUUAUAGCAAUUGGAUGGCCUUUGAUUAUUUACGCCACGGGGUUGAGUGGUUGGUUUAAAUACUGGUUGAUGCCGUGGAUGGGCUAUCACUUCUGGAUGAGUGUUUUCACUGUGGUGCAUCACACGGCACCACACAUACCAUUCAAAUACUCUCAGGACUGGAAUGCUGCACAAGCACAGCUUAAUGGAACAGUUCAUUGUGAAUAUCCUAAAUGGGUUGAGUUCCUCUGCCAUGAUAUCAAUGUUCAUAUUCCUCACCAUGUGUCUCCGAAGAUACCAAGCUAUAACUUACGUGCAGCGCACGAGUCGCUACAGCAAAAUUGGGGUAAGUAUAUGAAUGAGGCUAGAUGGAAUUGGAGAUUGAUGAAGACAAUCAUGACGGAAUGUCAUGUGUAUGAUAAGGAGAAAAAUUAUGUUGCAUUUGAUGAACUUGACCCUAAAGAAUCUCGUCCUAUUACAUUUUUGAGGAAACUCAUGCCUCAAUAUGCAUGA